AUGUUUUGUCUUUCAGAUCAAAGUGUGUUUAUCCUUCCAGAGGUCGGUGAGAACGCGGUAUCAGGUCCCACAAAUUUAGCCGAUGUGUUCAUAGAAGAAAAAGAGAAGAACGAAAGACAACUUGUUGAUAAGGCAGACAAUAGUGAAGCAUCUCUUAAUGCUGCGAAAUAUCACGUUGACAACCUUCCCGUGGAACGCACUGGACGUAUAACGCGUGAUCCAAGCCAAUCGACGACGGAUCGUAAGAAAGCAGAUGUACUUUCUAUCAUACCGGAAGCUAACUCUGAGAAAGACAAUUUAGCGAAUCAUGUAAGGGAUGAUAAGUAUUAUAACGAGGCAGGGAACGUGCGGAAAUCUUCAAAAGACUUUCAAAUUUGCGAAAAACGGACUCCUCCCGAUUUUGAUGAGGGAAACGUGGUGAAUAAAAAUGGUGAACUAGUGUUUUUGAAUGGAGUAGAUGAUCACGAAGACCUUCGUUUUACGGGAAGAAAUCUAACGGAAGAUGUUAAGGAAAAACCUGAGCUUGUAACAGUUAAAGAGGGUUACAAUAUUUCAUCGCCGAAACAAAAAGUUAUGCUUGUUAAUGAAAGUCGCGAAAAAUCUGUGGGGUCUCAUGAAAAUUACAUUACAGAACAACAAGGAACAGCUAGUGACAAAACGAACGAGGAGAGAGGUUCAGAUAAAUUUGCAUCAGAAACAACAGUGAAAGAAAACGUAUGCGCAAGAACUGUUGAUUGCGCUUCUUCUGCGAGGUCUGUUAAUUCAAGUAACAAAUCACAAACUCCGUUAGAAAUGGGAGAUGUUUCUUUGGCUUUUGAUCGAUCUGAGACCAGAAAAGAAGACUUAAAUUCUUUACGAGUCAGUUCAAGUGAAACUGGACCUGAAGAGAGCACUAAAAUUGCGCCAAAAAGAACGCAAAAAUUCGAAGGAUACCCAGAAAACCCAAAUAAUGUGAAUGAUCUUGGAAACGUCGGCAAAACUGACAGUUCGAACCAAUCAGAAAAGAGUAAAGCAUUACGUGAUAUCGGACCAACUGAAAAUGUCAGGGAAAGCGAUAAAAAUUCGCAUGUCGCGCAAGACAGCCCCUGGAUCACUCACCAACUUCAUCCAGAUGCAGAGAAACAAAUUGAAGAAAAAGGAAAUUAUGAGCGAAAGAACAAACGCAAAAGAAGUGCGCCGGAAAAUGAAAAACCAGAGCAAAUUGUACCACGACUAAUUAUUGACCAAAGUAACGUUUCCGAGCGAAACGAAAAUGAAAAACUUGAAAGAGACGAGGACGAGGAGGAUAAACCACGGAAACGCAGAGCCAGCGAGCCUGGACUUCAGUUUGAACCGCUGAGUCCGUUGAUGGACGCAGAAAAUUCAAACAACGAUUUCUUGAAUACAACUGGCGCACAAUCUGGUAAGGUUAAACGGAACAAAUCAUUUGUCUCGCGUGGUUUGUCUAAAAUGUUCGGUGGAAAACGCAAGUAUAAGGCGGAGAAAGACUGUCUGGCGGGUCCUGUUGACUUUGAUAAGAUCAGUACACAUGAAGAAUCUGAUUUCAAAGUUAAUCGUCGAGAAAAAAAGAAGAAGAAGAAAGAUAAAGGUGACCAAAAGAACGUCAACGAAGGAUUAUCUCCCGAGAAUAUAGACAAAAGUCCAUCUCGAAAAUUUGGCGGACUGUUUUCACGUGGAAAAAAGAAAGAAAAAAGUUUCACUGGACCUUAG